AUGACGCCAAGUGUCCAUCAAUCGGCCAAAGCAGCGCUGGGUGGGGUGUGCACCCCCACACUGCUGACCCGCACGGUCGCCGGUGGUAGGACGUGGGGGAAUGUCCCGAGAACGCUGCUGCUGCUGGUGCUGACCACCACCGGAGCCGCUCCGCUGCGUAGCGCCACCCCGACCAGCUCCACCUCCUCCACCACUGCCUCCUCCACCUCCGCCACCACCGCCACCUCCGCCCCCACCGCUACUGCCGCCGCCGCCUCCGCCUCCACCGCUGCCACCGACACCUCCACCCCCGCCACCACUCCCACCGCCACCCCCACUCCCUCCGCCGCCUCCACCACCGCCUUCACCACCCCCACUAGCUCCUCUUGCGCCCUUGCCCCCCUUGCCCUUGCCAAAUCAGCGUCUCUCGCUAGGGGCAGACGCCGCACCGACCGACUCAAGACCAACAAUGUGGGUCGUAGCAGUAGAGGCGACAGAGGGCAAAAGGGGGGAAGGGGAGCAGCCCUCAAAGAUGGGGGUGCGAGGGUCACCAUGAGAGGCUCCUACAGUGACUAUGCUCUUUUCCGCUGCUAG